AUGGACUCGGAUCAAUUACUAGAGAAGCUUCUGAGGCUGAAUACAGUCAGUCUCAGAGUUGAGAAAGGCCAGUCGUUGGUUGAUGAAAUAUCACAAACUGGCCUCAAUGUCCGCCAAGGUCGUCUGCCAGAUAAUGAGGAGACUAGAUGCGUAUCAGAUAUAGCGACAAAUUGGAUCGGUUCGAGUAACCACCGUGUCUCCCUCCAGGGAAUCGACCUCCUAUCCAUCGUUGUCGGCUACAUGGGGACAAAGUUCCGCGCGCUCCUGACAAAAUGCGACGUUCAGCUGAUCGCGAAAAUGGGCGACCAGCAGAUUCAGGAUCCAGCUAUCCAGAUGUUUCUCAACAUCUUUCAAGCGGCUUAUGAUGGACCGGAAGCGCUUGCGAUGGAGCGUAUUCUCAAACAAGCCUGGGGUCAUAAAGUGUGGCGAGUGCGCGAGGGAGGAUGCCAUCUUCUACGGCACACAUUAGACAAAUUCCCUAGCAAGGCAAAAGAAGUUGGCUUCUCAAAAUUAGUCGGCGACUUACUCCGGCUCAUCGACGACGAUAGACAAGUCGACGUGAGAGAGGCCGGAAUAGAAGCUAUCUGUGCGGGCUACAGAUGCUUCGGAAAUCGACUCAAGUGUGACCUGACAAAAAGGAAUCCAAAGCGACUCUACAAUAUCAUCGCGAAGAUGGAUGAAGUGAUCAUCGAUCCAGCCAUCAUAAGUAGUAAUAAAACGCCAUCGAGACCGUCGAGCCGGCCUGGAUCUCGAACUCCGAGCGCUUCCGGUCGACGAGUUGGUUCAUCGACGCUUACCAGAUUGAGGCCAAACGCAAGUGGCGACAGUGAGAAGCUCGCUGCAGGCGAAGUCGGUAUUGCCGAGCUAGAAAGGGAGUACAACGAAGGUCUUCCUGACCCGAACAAGUUGGACUUCUCUCCUCGAGGAAUCGACAGCAUUAUAAAUUCUAUCACAUCCAAUCUAACGGCAAACUCAACGGACUGGGAAGUGCGAAUCAAAGAGCUUCGGAUGUUGCGUCUUCUCGGAAUGGAACGAAUUUUAGCUGGUUUCGCGGGAACGGAAUUAAGAAAACUCGCUCCAAGUCUGAACACUGCGCUGAACGAUCUCAGAUCGCAGGUGACGCGAGAAGCGUGCGUGACAAUUGGAUCAAUGGCGCAAAAUCUGAGCACUGUAAACUUUGGCAGCCUUGUAAAUCUCAUCAUGCCAAACUUGCUGAAACUCAUCCCGAACUCGGCGAAGAUCAUGGCGAGUUCCGCAGUCGCCUGCUGUCACGUUAUAAUCCGAGAUUGCCCGUACCACAAGCUCGUUCCUCACAUUACGGAGCAAGUCCGGGACUCAAAAAGCGUCGUUGUUAGAAAAAAGUGCACUUUGAUGCUUUGUCUAAUGGUUAAGUCCAAAGAUUGGUCAGUGGAUGAGCUCAAAAAAGUUUUAGAAGAAUUGCGCACAGCUAUUUGCAAAUCGCUACAGGAUCCUGACUCUGGUGUUCGACAGUAUUCAAGAGACUUGUUCCACUAUUUCAACGAUAAAUUUCCUGCCGAAGCGAGCUUAAUAAAAUCAUCAAUGCCGUCCAAUGUUCAGAAGCUUCUUAAUUCAGCUGGCUUAAAACGAAGCGAUAGCCAAGACUCGAUCGCUUCUACCGGCUCUGUUGCUUCCUCAAGAGGAUCACUGAACAGGAUUGCAUCAAGCCUUGGCUCUCGAUCAGGGGCAAGAACUCCAAAGACUCCAACGCUCGGUAGUCGAACUCGCUCUGACCUCGGUCCUGUCAAUGCCAAAUUCUCCACAAUGAAUCCAUAUACCAAGCCAUCAACACCGUCGAACAAAUACAAACACGUUCAAUCCAGAUACUCCCAAAAAAGCCUCGGAACGCCGGGUCGAACAACUUCACAGCCAGGAUCACGAUCAAACUCACCACCUCACUCUCUGACAGGCAGUACUACCAGACGUACGCCAAGUCGCAUCCCCAGACAUGGCUCCAGAAGCGCCUCUAGGACUGGAUCUCGCCAAGGAUCACGUGCUGGAUCUCGCGAGGGCAGCCCUGACAGUAUUUAUUAUGACAGAAAAAUGUUACCAUCGGGUGCUGCUGGACAACGUCUUCUAUCAAAUUUACUCGGUGUCCAAUCUGAUAUCAAUCCAUCACACGCUAUUUCUCAAUUGAUAGGAGCGACAACGAACGCAGAUAGAAAACAAGCACUGGCAACGAUAGAAACGAUGUGCGAGCAGCGAUUGAGUUUGAACAAGACAGAUAUGAGACGACUCGUUGACAUCAUGCAGAAAAUGAUCAAUGGAUCAGCUGGCUCGGAUAAAAUCAUUUCGCAUGUUUUCCGAGUCAUUCCAAAAAUUCUGAGUGCACAUGCUAGGGAAGAGCCUGUAAAAGAGUGGCUUUACGUACUUCUACUAGGAAUCCUAAAGCGUCUCGGCUCGCUACUCGGCCAAGAUCGUCAUGCAGCUCUAGAAGUACUGGAUUCGAUAAAGAGUGAGUUCCCGAAGGAGCUUAUUUACUCGCGUCUCCGCAAAUUCCUCGUUGAUCCUGGCGUGACUCAGCCAACAUACGGUCAAAAAGCUGCUACUCUUCGUUUUCUACGUGAACUUAUCAGCUACCUUGAUAGUACCAUGUUAGAAAACUGCUCAGAGACUCGUUUGGUGAUGUCAAAACUAGUCGGCUGGUCAUGUGAGCAAAAAUCUAUGGAAGUGAGGCGAGAAGCUGCAGCAGCUAUUCAAGCUCUAUUCGCAUUAAAUCCCGCCCAGUUUUCAGCUGCGCUCAAUGACUUGCCAAAAACUUUCCAAGACGGUGCUACAAAAGUCCUCCGGGAGCAAUCUCCUCUCACUCAAUCGACAUUUCCUUCUAGUCAGCCUUCCUCACUGCCAUCAACGAGCUCAUCAGACCGCAAGUCAUAUGAGCGAAAGAGUAGCUACGGAUCACUUGGAUCAAAUCACUACAGUAGGACGACAGAGCGAUAUUCAACUCCGGAGAGAACUUCGGCUCGAGCUUCUCCAGCUCCAUCAUCGGUGAAGGAUGAAAUCCGAAACAUCAGCGAGCAAAUUACCAUGAUGAACUUUUCAGGAGAAAUGGAUGAUGAUUCUGAAUUUCUGAAAGCCGAACAGGCACUGUUGGAUUUGGACAGCACCGUUCAGCAUGGAAUUCUCGAGCCAACUGAUCUUCUCAACCGACCAGGCUCUGCUACCAAGCCAAAUCCGAUACUAGAGGCGUUGCAUUUACUGCAAAGAGGCGACCCUGAUAGUUUGAAAGCAGGUCUAAAUACGCUUCGGGACAUCCUGAGGGAGGAUAGCUCGUCGAUUGAUGAUAAGCUUAUCAACAGGACUUUGACGCAUUUGGUGGAAGUUGCUGAAAAUAAAGAUAACUCAACGCAGGAUAGGCUGGUCUCCGUUCACUGUAUAAAAGAUUUGGCGCAGAACAAAGGAUCGGCACUCACUCCGGAAGCUGUUGAGGCUUGUGUAAAGAAGAUAAUCCUCAUCAAAGUCGAUGUGGAGUCAACUGCUGGUGUCAAACAAGCAGACUCUCUUCCUCGAUCAUUGACGGCAGCAGCUACUGGUCUUCUGUGUACCGUGUCCAUUUGGAAGUGCUUUGGAAUACUCGCGCCUGGCGUCGCCGAUGUUAAUCCAAUCAACCGCGACUCUAUCGACAUAGCUAGACAAGUCGUCGAGGUCAAAAAAUUGAGUUGA